AUGGCAAAGACCAUCAGUUCCAUCUACUUCACCACUCUUUUGCUCGUUGUCUUAUUCAUUUCGGCCGAAAUCCCAAACAGCGAGGCGACAUGUACGAAGUAUUUAGGCGAAGCUAUAUUGGCGUACCCAUGUAGUGAAAGCUAUUGUGAAGCCAAAUGCGCUGAGCAUUACCACGAGUCAUGCAGAGGAGAGUGUGAGGAUCAUGAUCACCACCACGGAGUGCAUUUGACAAAUGACCACGACGAUCAAUGCCACUGCUACGGUCGUUAUUAAACUGAUGAAGUAUCGAAUUAAAAAAGUAAAAAUGUAAGCGUGGU